UUAUAACAGGUUAUAACACAUUAUAACACAUUAUAACAGAUAAGAAAACACGUCAACAGUUGGGCGCGAGAAAAUGGACGUGUUGACUUCCCAAAACGGAAGUGCCAAGUUGUAAAUGUGUAUAUCCGUGUUGUGGAUAUUUUGUUGAUGUUUUUUCAUACAAAUUUGUUCUAAAACAAGAACCAAAAGGGAACGGAAAAGGCCUGAAAAGGGGGGAAACAACUUGUGAAACUCUUCAUAGACGAUCUUCGCGUUCAGUGAGAUUACAACAGUUUCGUCACUGACUUUCAUCCGGCUUCAACGCUGAUCUACGAGCGUAUACGCAGCAAGAGACCCACCAUCACCAGACCGGUAUCACAAGACCUUCGAAAUGGUACCAGAGAACGUACCUGAUAGCAUCCCAACGGUACGAGAUGUUAAUCUCACAAAGGAUAUAGCAAGUGGCGAUAAGUUUCUCAACGAGUAUAAGCUGCUUUCUAAACUGGGUAAUGGACAUAAUGGUAAGGUGUACCUGGUACAGAGCCCUACAGAUGAGUCACAGUAUGCGAUCAAGGAGAUAUCCAAAGUGACAAAGUUGAGCAUAACCAAUAAGGAUCCAAAGGCACAGCUGAAUAAGAUCAACAAUGAGAUCGAUAUAAUGAAGAUCAUACGGAAACAUCCAAAGAUUGUGAGGUUGUACAAAGUGCUGGAUGAUAAGAGUUUGAACAAGGUGUUCUUAGUGCUGGAGUACUGCUCACAGGGCGAGUUGAUGUUUGGCGCCACUCAUAACUAUACGAUACAGCGUAUACGCUCCAUCCUGAGAGACACGGUGCUUGGCUUGGAAUACUUACAUGGUUUGGGAAUCAUUCAUAGAGAUAUUAAACCCUCAAAUCUGCUGAUGGAUUCUUCAAACUGUGUGAAGAUUAGCGAUUUUGGCGUUAGUUUGAAUAAGAAGGCUCUCAACAACGUUUCCAAGGCUAAGACGUUUGGCACUCCGGCUUUCCUAGCACCAGAGCUAUGUAACGGUUGUACCAAUGACAAGCAGAACGACAAUCUUGACUUCAAAGUGGACAUUUGGGCACUAGGAAUAACGAUCUACUGUCUAUGGUUCCAUGAAUUACCAUUCAAUGGGACAAAUGAGUACGAGCUCUUUCACCAAAUAACGAAUAAUUCGGUCGCUCUUCCCAAACCACAGUCACAUGAAGAGUACCAACUGUUUGAUCUGCUUGCCAAAGCACUAGAGAAGAAUCCACACAAAAGAAUAGAUACAAUAGAAUUGAAGAUGCACCCAUUCUUGACACAGGAUUUGGAGCAACGGUCAUCCAUAGAGUUCUUGAGGUUUAACGAAUCCUAUCUGGACCCUCCAAAGCUGAAUAAUAAUGUUUCCAGAACAGGGUCGAUUCAGAGGAAGUUUAAGUCAAUAUUCAACCAUAGGAGGAAAUCGUCUGCUUCAGCUCAGGAGAGACCAACACUGUCUCCCAGUUUACAGCCCAAGUCAAUGGAGCAUGGUAAGCUUCCACCAAUACCGUCAACUGCUUCACUGCACAAUGGUUUGCAAAGACCACCGAUGGGAAUGUCUUCUUCUUCAAACUCUUUAAACUUGAACUCAUUAUUGAGGUCAAAACGAGAUGUCCCCGAUUACUUAGAUGGAACAACGUAUUUCCACGUUUUGGAUUCAGAUGAUGAUAGCUCAAGUGACGAAGACACAGACGAUGAGGGCAACGAUAACGAUGGAUUAUACAACGAUGAGGACACGCUGAGCUUACGUAUCGGGCCCAAGAGAGGUAAUAGCGCUCUCACUGUGAGGACCAUGAAUGACUACUUAGAUAUAUGAAACAUGUUGAAGCUUAUUAAUAUUAAUAUCUCUAAUAGAAUGCUAUCACAACCCUUU